AUGGGUUCUGUUUCAAACAGCGGCACUUUCCUCUUCACCUCCGAGUCUGUCGGUGAGGGUCACCCCGAUAAGAUUGCUGAUCAGGUUUCUGAUGCCAUCCUCGAUGCCUGCCUUGCUGAGGAUCCCCUCUCCAAGGUCGCUUGCGAGACUGCCACCAAGACCGGUAUGAUUAUGGUCUUCGGUGAGAUUACCACCAAGGCCCACCUGGACUACCAGAAGAUCAUCCGUGGCGCUAUCAAGGACAUCGGUUACGAUGCCUCUGAGAAGGGUUUCGACUACAAGACCUGCAACGUCUUGGUUGCCAUCGAGCAGCAGUCCCCCGAUAUCGCUCAGGGUCUUCACUAUGAGGAGGCUCUUGAGAAGCUCGGUGCCGGUGACCAGGGUAUCAUGUUCGGCUAUGCCACCGACGAGACCCCUGAGCUCCUGCCUUUGACUGUCAUCUUCUCUCACAAGCUUAACGCUGCCAUGAAGGCCGCCCGUGUUGAUGGCUCCAUCCCCUGGUUGCUCCCCGAUACCAAGACCCAGGUCACCAUUGAGUACGCCCACGACAACGGUGCCGUCAAGCCUCUGCGCGUUGACACUGUCGUCGUCUCCGCCCAGCACACUGACGAUGUCUCCACUGAGGAACUCCGUGCUGUCAUUAAGGAGAAGAUCGUUCGCAAGGUCAUCCCCGCCGAGCUCCUCGAUGAUCGCACUGUCUACCACAUCCAGCCCUCCGGCCGCUUCGUCAUCGGUGGUCCUCAGGGUGAUGCCGGUCUCACUGGCCGUAAGAUCAUCGUCGACACCUACGGUGGCUGGGGUGCCCACGGUGGUGGUGCUUUCUCCGGAAAGGAUUACUCCAAGGUCGAUCCUCUCCUACGCCAUUGGUGUCGCUGA